GAACAAUCACGGUUGAUGGACAGGGAGCUCGACGUGCCUCCAGGAGAUGGAAUUUGCAAAGUCGGUGCGAGGAUCCGCGGGUGGGUUGCCUCUCCUCCCCAACGUUCAUCUCGAUCACUCCCAAGCUAGCUUGCGGUCCUUUGGCAUGGCCAAUGGAGACCAAACGGUCGCGCAGGCUCAUUACCAGCACUUCAUACAGUAUUGCAUUCAGUGGUCAAGCAUAAGUGAGCAACGCCCCUCUCACUUCGUCUCUGUCGACAUCUUCGACCGUGAUUGAGGAGGACCCUGAUGACGACCCACUCACUCCGUGCAGCCCUCCUCUACUACGACUAUACCCUCACCUUCGCGGACGAAAAGAAGCUCAUUUGGGGACGUAAACUUGGCUUGACAACACUCCUCUAUGUUCUAUGCCGAU